UUUUGCAAACAAGGUGUUUGUUGAAAUGGGUGUCUCAUUUAGAUGCUGUUGUGACUGAAGGGCUCAGUAAAAAGCCCGUGGACGAAAUAUCGAAAGGAAUACAGACCAUGGGCUUUAACUGUGUUAGGCUAACUUGGCCUACUCUUCUUGCCACUGAUGACACUAUUUCUAAUCUAAAGGUUAGACAAUCAUUGGAGAAGCAUGCUCUCAAAGAUUCUAUUGCUAGUUUUCAUUCCAAUAACCCUUCCAUCAUUGAUCUUACACUCAUACAAGCUUUUCAGGCAACACAAAGAAAAGGAAAGCAGUACAGCAACCACCAUGAGAUGGUUCAGGUAUUAUCAGUUGACACCAAUGUCCUAAAGGAAUUUGCAGACCUCUCUUCCAUAUUCCUCCCGUCUUUUCAUUUUCUCCCCUGAUCAA